AACGCCCCCUUCCGGGUGCCUCCGCCUGGCUGGCCAGCCCCGCUCCUCCUCCGGGCGGGAAUCCUCCCUCCCCGCCCCUACCGGAGCCGGGCCCCGGCGCCAGGUCCGGCCCCAGGGGGGAACCCCCAGUCCCGGCUCCCUCUCCCUGCGGCCUCUGCCCGUCUUCCCGACCCUUCAGAGCCGGGAAGACCCCGCCGGCAGCGGUCAGGACCCACCGCUCAUUACGACAUCUUCCUCCCUGGCCUCCGCCGCCUCCGCCGCCACCGAGAGCCUGACACCGCCCGCCUAGCACCCGCCAAUCCCGGAGCCUGUCACCGCCCGAGCGACGGCAGCGUUCACCAAUAAGAGCUCGGUACAUUGGGGACCGACAGCACUAUCAACCAAUCAAAGAGAGGCAUCUAGAGCGACGUUGCCUUGGCCAAUAGACCUGUGAAAUGUCACUGACGGACGGUAGAGGGCACCAACCGGAAGCUUACUGAAGAGUGAACGACAUGUUCGCCAGCCAACUGAAGGGAGGCAAAGUCCCACCUACCAGGUGGUUGAUGGACAGCAACAGGAAGCUAGAUGGGGAGGGGCUUAGCUAAGGAGUGGUUUUGUAUUGGUCGUGGUUGACCUUCCACCCACCUUUAAUCCAGAAGAUGAGUGAUAGAUCUGCCCUAAAGCCAAUCAAAAGUCCUCAGGGUGAGGCCGACAAAUGCCCUAUAAAUAGCAUCUACUUUGAUCCUAAAUCCAGCGUUGCCCUGGUGUGGUAGGGGCGUCUCGUUCUUCUGCUGUUCAACCCGUUGUCUGGUGAGUUGAAAGCCACCAGCCUUUUCAACCCGUUGUCUGAUUGCUUCCCGCAGAUGGCCCCCAGACUCUACAGAGAGGACAGGCAAGGUUGCCAGCUCCUAAUGCCUGCUUUCCCCUGGCUGCUCUUUAGAUUCACUGCUGCUGCUGCUGCUAAGUCGCUUCAGUCGUGUCCGACUCUGUGCGACCCCAUAGACGGCAGCCCACCAGGCUCCCCCAUCCCUGGGAUUCUCCAGGCAAGAACACUAGAGAUUGUUUAAUAAAUUCUAAACCAUGGCCAAGAAAAUCAGUAUCUCUGGGGGUGCAACCCUGGUGAGGGUAUUAAGUUCCUCAGGUUAUUCCAACAGGCAGCUAAAUUAGAGAACUGCUUGUCAGCCCAAAGAUGUUUUCUGGUGGGGGUCCUCAGGUAAACCACUAUGAAUAGUCUAUAACCUCCACCUGUACCCAUUCCUGUCCCUCUUCCUGAGUUUCUCCCCUGCCCAUCCUACCUGCUUCGAUCUCCACGGAGCCAGGGCAGACAGGUGGUUCCAGCUGCAGGUCUCAGCAUCAACCAGGAGAAGAAUCUCUUCCAUGGGUGCAUCUGGAUAUAGCUUCUCCUUUGGUGAUCUUCCAUGGGUGCAUCUGGACAUAGCUUCUCCUUUGGUGAUACCUGCCUUAUUUCCAACCACUUUCAGCCUCUUCCUGCUCUAAGUUGUCACUUUCUCCCCAUUUCUAACUUGUAAAGUUAACCUGUUCUCCACCGCUAAAGUCCCUCUAUUUGUCUUGUCCACCACAGCACCUUUCACUCCCAGCACAUUGCUUGAUAUAUAGCCGGUGCAUGGUACAUGCUUGUUGACUGACUGAAUGACUGCAUCUGGAGGAGUCCUUGGGCCUAGAAAAGAAAACAACGGUCUCAAAGGCCCUUGCUAAACCAUCUAACUUCCGGGAAAACAAAAUCGAACUUUUAAGUCCCACCGUGAUACUCCAGGCUGGUUGUAUCUACCUGGGACUUACCACCCCCUGCCCAAAACUUCCCGCCUCCUGUUCAACUACAAAUGCCAUCUCAACCAAAGAUUACCCAAAACGUCCUGCCUGAUAACAUUUCCCUUAUCGCUUCCACAAACCUCCCUUUAAAUAUGAAGCCUCCCUGAUCCAUCUCGUGCUCAGCCUGGUCGUUAGGCCGACUGUCGCCCCUCCUUGCCUGAAUAAAGGUAACCUACCUCCGUUGAGGUUGUCUCUCCUUUUCUGCCUUGGCCGAACUAUACCUUACAUUUUUGGUGCCGAAACCCGGGAGAGGGCGCGGCACUCCUGUGUCCUGUCUCUCUCGCUCGCUCUCGCUCUCACUCUCACUCUCCCUCUCCCUCUCGUUGUUUCCCCUGUUCCUGGAAUCUGGAAACGUGAACUCACUUUCUGCCAGGGCUCAUAAGUUCCCCUCAGGGACGCCUAGUGCCUUUGUGAGUGGUGCAAUCCUUGUCCUAAGGCUUUAUUGGUGCUUUAUGUACCCACAGGCCUCCGGCUCUAUCCCCUUCUCUCUCUCUCUCUGAAAGCCUCCGGUAUAGGGAACUCUUGCCAUUCGACUACUCUACAUGCAACACUCCACUCAAGCCGGCCCCUAGAUUAAGGACCCACCUCCUUAAAAUUCACCCGGCGACAACCCCUGUCAACCAUCCAAGAGGACACUGAAUGACCCGGACACUCCUUAACCUACAACUGUCCCUGACCCAACUACUACAAGACCUCUGGACCAGCGCCCCGACCGGAACCUCCUUCGAAGAUCUGACCACCCCGGUGUCUCAUCCAUGGCUCCAGGGGACCUUCUACAACCUAAGUCCAGAAGAAAUUGAUUUCUUUACUCUCAUACAUGAACACUGUUCCUCCUCAGAUUCAAGCAACCACCAACUUGGGGCCUUCUGCCCCUCACCCUGACUGGCCUCUCCCCUUCUCUCUAACUAUAACUGCACUCUUAAUCUUAGUCCUUGCUAUAAGCCCAGUAACUGUCUCCCCUCGGGACUGGUCACCUAGCCUUCAUCUCUUCGUCGAUAUCGCCUACAUUGUUAGCUGUGUUCUACUCCUAGGGUGCUAUUUCCUCCACACUGCCUAACUAACAGACCCAUGACUCCCCCUGUUCCUUAUCCUUCCUGCACUCCCCUGCCUUCUGGCUAGUCCCUGCCCCUGCUCAGACAUCUAUUCCUAUGUUCCUUCCUCAUGUUAUAAUAUGGCUCAAAGACCAUGAACCUUGGGGGGGGCAGAAGUCUAAAUCCCUACUCACUGUUAAAGUACAGAAGAGAGGGAAUUUCGUGAGCACCUGCCAUAAGCUAAAUGGAAGAAAUGUAUGUUUCUAUCCCAUUACCCACUGGGGGUACUCAGACGGCAGUGGCUGCUGCUGCUGCUGCUGCUAAGUCACUUCAGUUGUGUCUGACUCUGUGAGACCCCAUAGAUGGCAGCCCACCAGGCUACCCCGUCUCUGGGAUUCUUCAGGCAAGAACCCUGGAGUGGGGUGCCAUUGCCUUCUCCAACGGGAGUGGGGUACUAGAUUAAUAUCGGGAAAAGAAACAAGAACAAGUCAUAAAGAACAUAAUUUCCCAGUUACAGGCUACCCCUGAGCCUUAUAAACGCCUAGACCUCCUUUCCCAAUUACGGCGUCUCCUAAAACCUCCCUCUGACAACCAACACCUUACCCGCCUUCUCAACUCUUCCUUCCAAUUCUUCCAGUACACACAACACACAUCCCAGUGUUGGAUAUGCAUGUCACUGUCUCCCUCACCGCACAUAGCAGUUCCCUUACCCUCAACCUGGUUGUCACAGGGCAACUGUACCUCCCCUCCCCAACAAAAAACUACACAACUCACUGGGCCAGUCUCUGACCAUGUCCUUCUCUCAGCCUCUUCAAACCUAACCUGUAUUAACUACUCUAGUCCCAACUACACUGGUCUUACAAACUCCGCUCCCUGCUCCUGUUCCACUUGGGUUCUCUGGAACAGCACAAAUAAUUGCACCAACCCGGGAAUCUUCAUUCUCUGUGGGACCUACGCAUAUUCAUGUCUCCCCCUUGACCCCCUUGGACCUUGCAUCUUGGUGUUCCUGACCCCAGGUCUAACAUUCCUCAGAGAAGAGAUAGAACAAAUAGUCUACCCCCAAGGGGAACUUUCCCACAGGAAAAGACGAGCUGUCGUAGCCCCCCUCCUGAUUGGGACCGGCACAGCAGCAGCCCUAGGCACCGGGACCGGGGGCAUCUCGACCUCGGCCCAUUUCUACUACAAGCUGUCCCAAGAACUCAAUGAGGAUAUGGAGCAGGUAGUGGAGUCCUUCGUUUUGGUCCAAAGACAAAUUAACUCAUUAGUUUCUGUGGCCCUACAAAAUGGGCGAGCCCUGGACCUUCUCACCGCGGAAAAGGGAGGGAGCUGCCUUUUCCUAGGAGAGGACUGCUGCUAUUUUGUUAAUGAAACGGGCAUAGUCCAGGGCAGAGUCAAAGAACUUAGAGACAGAAUCGAAUGCCGAAGAAAAGAGUUACAAAACCUUUACACUCCCCAAAACCUGUUCCAACUGGCCCUCCCUUGGUUGCUCCCUUUCUUGGGACCAUUGGUACUUAUCAUUUUAUUCCUCUUAUUUGGACCUUGUCUCUUCAAUCUCUUUCAAAGGUUUCUCCAAGAAUGAAUUUGGGUCAUCUCUCGAGACCAGGUCAAGAUCAUUCUUAAGAGCCUCACCCCGACCUCAGGAAAAGGAGACCUGGGCCUUAGGACGAUCCUCCGUUCCAGACCCAGAACCAUCGUCCCUAUCCAGCAGGAAGUAGCCAGAGAGAUACAGUGCCCUUUUCCCCAUUUCUUAUGAUUUCAGGGUCUGGAAUGAAGGAGUCCUUGGGCCUAGAAAAGAAAACAACAGUCUCAAAGGCUCUUGCUGAAUUAUCUAACUGCGGGGGAAAACAAAACUGAACUUUUAAGUCCCACCCUGGUGCUCCGGGCUGGUUGCAUCUACCUGGGACUUAUCACCCCCUGCCCAGAAACCUCCCACCCCCUGUUCAACUACAAAUGCCAUCUCAACUAAAGAUAACCCAAAACGUCCCACCUGAUAAUGUUUCCCUUAUCGCUUCCACAAACCUCCCAUUAAAUAUGAAGCCUCCCUGAUCCCUCUUGCGCUCAGCCUGGUCGUUAGGCCAACUGUCACCCCUCCUUGGCUGAAUAAAGGUAACCUACCUCC